CUCGUUGCCUAGUCUCCUGACUAUAGACCAAAUAUAGGUUUACCGUGACCGUGUAAGGACAGAAAGAUUGCGUCCUAUCGUUUUACAAUCCACAAUGCCACCGUCAACGUGGAACACGGCUAAGGCGAAGGUGCAACUUCGACUCUCCGUUCAACGGCUUCGCAUAGCGCAGCAGAAGAAGGAGGCACACGCCAAGGGCUCUCGCAGGGACAUCGCCCUUCUCUUGGAGAAGGGAAAAACGGAGAGUGCACGAGUCAAAGUAGAAGCUGUCAUAAACGAAGAUGUGAACCUCGAGUUAUACGAGCUACUUGAACUUUACUGCGAGUUGCUCAUUGCCCGCUUCGGCCUUCUUGACCAAAAUACUCGUGACCCUGAUCCUGGAAUCAACGAAGGUGUAUGUAGCAUUAUACAUGCAGCUCCAAGAACCGAAGUGAAAGAAUUACUGGUUCUGCGCGACAUGCUGAUGCACAAGUAUGGGCGCGACUUCUCCGCAGCUGCAAUGGAAAAUAGAAGUGGUUGUGUGAGUGAACGUAUAAUGAGGAAGCUCGUCAUAGAAACACCCUCGGAAGAGCUGGUUGAUGCAUAUCUCGGCGAGAUUGCCAAAGCUUAUGGCGUCAAGUGGGCCUCUGCUUCAUCAAUCACUGCUGCGGCACAAGGGAGCGUUGUGGGUGGCCCAUCAGGCAGCGAUACACUGGAAUCCCUUCCGUUGUAUUCCAGGGAAAUUUCUGAUAAGUUACCGGAUAUUCCUCCAACUGAAGACGAAACCGGGAAAUCCAGGGCAUCAGCCGGAGGAAAAUCCCACCAGACGGAGCACUCGAAAGAGGAAACUGAGGAUGAGUUCGCCGUUCUGGCACGACGCUUUGAGGAAUUAAAGAAGCGCUAACUAGGUGUAGUGUACACUCCUCUGCGUGACACGGCUUAUCUGCUUUUGUGUAUAUCCGAACCUUCAAUGAUUCUCCAUCUUAUGAAGCUAUGUGAUCACGAUUCACAAAUUUUAGUGACUUCCGGAGAUUU